AUGGCCAGACUGAUGGAGCGCAAUAACAGCAGCGCUGGGUGCGAUGUGCAGACAAUUCUGGAAGAAAUCGAAUCACUUCGUUCUCGGCUUCGAAAAGCUAAUGCCGAUCUGUAUGCUGUACAAGGCAAAAGCUCUGUCGAGGAGGGUAAUUUUGAGCAGAAUGUUGACCCUCUGCUGCAGCGUAACGAGCAUCUCGCUCAGCAGCUAGCGGAGACCCAGGACAAGCUACACGCGUGCACUGCCGAAAAUCAGUCGCUUCGCAAAGCGCGUGAUGCAAGCAUAGCGGAGAAUCAGUCGCUACGCCAGGAGCGAGAUGAGACCACGACCAAGCUCAGGCUGGUACGCCAGGCAUAUACUUCUCGUCAAUGUGAGGCGACGGACAGCUCCACAGAUCUCUUCCGCCAAGACCCAAAAGACAGUAACCGGACGAAGCGUAAAGAAGCAUCUGGGGGUCCGCUUGCUGAAGAUCGUUGCAGACUGGAGAGGGAUGAGGGGUCCGACACGGAAAUGCUUAGCCCGGGAGACUCUGAGAUGCAUGACUCAGUCACAGGACCAACCCGGUUACAACAUCAUGACAGCAGUGGAGGCGAGGCGCACGGCGCAGAGUAUCUUCAGGCACUCCGGCAACCUCCCGUAUGUUCCCAGCCGAAGGAGAGGCUGGCUCUGCCGGAGCAUGAUGGCCGUUUUGGGACACAGAACGAAGCGCGGAUCAUGAAGCCGGAAGGCUCCAGCGGAGAACGCUCGAUGCUCUGGGAAGAACCGAAGCCCGUCAGCCAGGACCCGGUCGGCGAGGAGCCGAUCACUUACGAGGAACCAUAUCCAAAACUGGUUGGUCGCGAGGUUGGCCAUAGUCUGGUCGAUCAGGAGCGGACUGACACCGGGUCAAUGCAUACAAAUAUAGUCGACCAUGCGCUGCGUGACCCCGAGCACAGAGAUGGCACAGGCAUGGAGGGGACUCCCGACGAUGAGCUCAUAAGCGACCCACUGUCUCCCAGAAUGGCGUUGACUUCCCAGGCAGGAGAACGCAUGCGCGCAUCUCCGAAGGUCCCGACGGAUGAUGAUCCAGAUCAAUCGCGGCGUGAGGCUGACGGCGUUCCUCGUGGCAUCACUAUCGAUGAGCACCAUCCGGUGAUGCCGAACAAGCAAAGCACGACGCAAAAGUACACGGACAGUCCGGAUCAUGAAGAUUGUAAGCCUUCCGGCUACCAGCGCCAGACCUCGCGACAAGCUUCACUCGCUCGGGACGAUGUGGCAGCCCAAGUUGACCUGGUGCAUCCUUCCGCUGGACAAUCACGGAAGAGCUCCUCCGACUCUACUGCUGCGUCACUCUUCCCACCUCUGGGAGAACUGUCGGACGCGGACGGGCUUGUUCAGACUUCAGCACAUGAGAAUCACAUGGAGGACGAUCCUGCCGGCAAGCCGCCAUCUGCGUCACCAAGACCCGAGUCGUGUAGCCCGGUAACCGUGGCAGCGCCAGCAGAGUCGUACCCAGCACCUCUCUUCGCCAUGCAGCCUGCCGUGACCGCCCCUCCCGAGCCAUUGGAGACGCCUUCUCCAAGCGCCGAACCAUAUCAGACAGCUUCGAUUGCAUGCCCAGCGUCUACUUCCCCGAUCACGCAGCCUGUGGGAGCAGCUGUGGCCUCAUCGAAAACACCUACACCGAAUCCUUCCAACGUCGAAGUGUUUUCGUUGUCGUUUGCCGGCGUAGCAGCGGAGUCUCCGCAGGCGGCGUCACCACAGUCGAGAUCACUCCCGCUUCCAAGGCAUACCAUAGGCCCUUCAGAAGACUUGCCUGUGCCUCCCACAUGUGCAAAGCCAGAGGCUACCAUGGAAACCAACUCACCGAUUGUAGAUCCGCUGGCGGCGUCCAAUGAAGAGUUUAUUUCUCUAUCCUCUAACCCUAGAUCAAGGUUGCUCCACGAUGACGUGUCCUCGGCCACGUUGUCGGCGAGGGAGAAGGGAGAUGAUAGUGGUGCAGCAUUGGGGUGCAAGCCGCUUUCGCCACUCACCGGUGACGUCUCCCAGGUCUCCGAAGACGACGGUGAGACUGGAAUAGAGACGGCUCGGAUGGAACCGGAUCGUGUUGCAAAGCCGGCGGCAGUUGAGUCCGAUACAGACGAUGGCGCGUCAAGCAUUACGGACGAGCCAUUCUCGUCCCCACUGACCCACAAGGGACGACGUAUCCGUCAGACCUCCACACAACGGGCUCCGGCCCCCGUGAUCCCGAAGACGGCGUCACGGUUGCAUCCGCACGUCGUCAAGAGAGACCGUUGUGCGAAAGGAUCGAGUCAGAUCGAGCGGCCCGAAGAUGCCAUCCGUGCCAGCUACGGCAAGUUUGGCCUCGAUGUUCAGCGGCUGAUCAUUGUGCCAGGGGCUCAACCCUUCAAUCCCCUGGCUCUUUUCAUGAGCUCGGCUGCCAAAGUCGGCGCCAAGCUAACUCCACAGCGCAUGAAGGUGCUCCAGAAGCGGAGGGACGAGCUGCUGGCGUCUCUCACAGCCGUAGAUGAUCUGGGGACCGGAUCGGCGGACGUCGAUCUCAUCAAGGGCCUGUGCAAUUUGUACAGCGAGCCGGUAUACCCGCAGGACAUGACGGACCUCAUCCGCGCGCUUCGGCAGCAGCAGAAGCUCACGAAGGAUGUAGUGAACCUACUGCAAUGUCUGGAAAGCUUUGCGCUGGUAGUAACGAAAUACCACGCACCAGCACAAUACGCUAAAGCAGUGGAGGGUUGGAGCAUGCACGACCUUCGCCGGGUCAGCGACCACCAUUGCCUGCACUAUGUUUUGCUCCACCUUAACGAGGGUUGGCGAGGGUUGCACGUAAUGGUGGUCUUGUACCUGCUUCGGGCGGGGGUGCGCAAAUUGCAGGACUACUUCGCAAGCGCCACCAGGCCGGCCGCCAUCUUGUUGUUGUUGCAAGGACUGAACGAUGCGGAUAUGAUCCGUCAACAUGCCGACCGGAUGCGUCAGUUGAUCAGCAAGGCCUUGCCCGGCCAAGAGUCCCGCAUCGGUCAAAUGACGCCACUAGGGAUGUUACACAACAUGACAACGGGCUUCAUGCCGCAAGGUGCUGUCGAAAGCGCCUUGGGCUAUGACUCCCAAUACUUGGAAAGGGCUGUUGCGCAGCCCAUAGGUGUCUCUUACAUGUGGACCCCAUGGAACUUUUCGGACUUGGUCUUCCGCAGUGGCCCCGUUCAGCCCGGCUCGCAGACCCUGUCCAUCCCGCCGACUGUUGUGACUCCGGCCAUGGAUCGCAAGCGGGGGAUCGCACUUGUCGACACGCCGGGCGACGGGGACAGUCCCACCAAGCGCCAGCGGGUCGACGAACAUAGAGCAGAGCACUUUGGCACUCGUGCCUCUAAUGAGGACCGCUUUGUCCCUCGGGAGACUGAUUCGUCCCAAUUCAGCCCACUUGAUCAUCGUGGUGGACAGGUGUUUAGCUCGGACUCUUACAUACUCGACUCCGACUCGUCAGCUCCACCAACACACGGUGAGCCGACUGUGGACACGGCGGCAGAGUCCGAAUGCGAAGACUUCCUGAACGACAUUGUCAACGGUGACGUCACCCCAGUCAGAAACGAUCCGGCGUUCGCAGCCACCCCGAAUACACUUAAAAGGAAGCGCGACAGCAGCGACCGAUCUCAGCUCGGAAAGCGGGCGCUUGUGAAGCCUCUGCUGCGCAAGCAGGGCGACGAGGGCUUCGUACCACACGAGAAGCACCCUGAGAACCCGGGGCGGCAGUGUAACAACACGCACGCCGUUCGGAAAGACGAUACUUCGAAAGGAUUGCGGUUCCUGCACAUCAGCACGGAGACGGCAAGCGCGGGCUCUCCGUCAGACGGUCUUACCCAACACGACCCUCCUGUCUCGCAUGCGGAUCCGGAUCAGAGUGAACUAGAACGAGGCGCAAAAAUCACGCUCUCAGCUAAAUUCCGCCUGGAUGUGGAGUCGCUGGUGAACGAGCUUGAGUCGAAAGGCGAAGCGCUGUGGACGGGAGAGCGUGGACCAACGGCCAUCGCAGGGUACUGCGGCCCACCGUCCAUCCGCAAGCUCGCUGCACGUGGCGAUGACAGAUUGAACGACGAGAUCGUCAACACGAUCCCGAUCAUAACAAUUCCGGCGGACAAUCGCACCUAUCUGCUACCCAGCUACGCCUUUGAGCACAUACGGAAGGGUAGGUUCGACAGACUGAGUCCAUGGGUGAAAUACUUCCCGUUAGUGAACUGUCGAUGGGUGUUCGGCGUGUGUCAGCAGAACCACUGGACGGCCGUGGCGAUCGAUUGGAAGGAGGGAACGAUUCAACAUUACAACCCACUCACAGGGCUUUCGAAGCAGGCUGGAGACAUCUAUACGGCGGUUGAGUGUUGGACCCAGCACCUCAUACGUACAAGUCGUCCCACGAGACGCUGGCGCCUUGAGCAUGUGCACGGCCCGCGGCAGGCUGCAGAUGACGCGCGCAACUGCGGCGUGUACGUGGCAUGGGUCUUGCGAGAGUGGAUGCAUGGGAGACCGGGAGAUGCGGAGGGAUUCCCGGGUCAUUUGGAGUUCAGGAUCGAGAUGCUGCAACUUCUGCAAGGCGCAUUCCGUACGCCGGGGCUGCCGUGUGUGGGUGAUGUCCUGGGAUCACCGUCAACGAUAGAUGGCGGCGAAGGCGGCGAAGGCGAUGGCCCGGCUGAUCUCGCAGGGGAUCACGAGACGGCGACUGGCAAAAGAGACGCCAAGAGCAUAACCGAAGACACCGCCACCACGCCCUUGUCCACGGCUCAGACGAAGAAGCCGACAUCCUUGCAGCUGGGACUCAGAGAGCGCAUGGACCCGAUAGUGCACGCAGGUGUCGACGGUCACAGAGAACAAGCCGAGCGUACCUCCGGGCCUGGGGAAGGACCGCAUGCCAAGAACACGUUGAGCGUCGAGGAGCGUCUCUCGCCGUCGGCCCCGGAGCCAGCAACAUCAGUCGAAGCAAGGUCAUGUCCAAUUUCGACUGUUGCAACAAACACGAUCCCGGGGUACCACUCGAAUGACAGGCGGCCAGAAACAUCCCAGGAAAAGUUUCCGCUCGUGACCGCUCCGAGUGUGGAAGAGGUUGCGCAUCCUCACUCAGCAAGGCCCACCAUUGUCCAGCCUGAGACAGAUGUUACAUCUCUGGAUGAAAGUGAAGAUGUCAAAUGCGACCAAUUACGGCACAUGGACGACCUUGGCUCUCCCGCAGCGGAGCAUAACAGGCCUUAUGCGUCUGGGUAUGCCCACCAGCCUGACUGCUCAGCCCUUGGAGACGCGCCCACACAGUCCAUCCCAGACAUCGGAGGUAGCGCCCUGAUGUCUGGCGCAUGGAAUUCAGGCGACGAUGCUGGACUCUUGCCAAGUCCGGGAUUACCGCUCAGCACCCACUUUGAGGACGCGCUGGGAGAAGGCUUGGACUCCUGGUACGAUUCAGUCGAAGGUGCUAUGGCUGGAUUACCCAGGAUGCCCGCGUCGCCAUCCAUGAGUGAGUGGGAGGACUGGUUGCAGAGUCGUGGAAGUCUGGACGUCGACAGCUAG